AUGAGAAUACUAAGUACAGAAAUCGGAGAUGAUGUACCAAUUGACUUUGCGAUUUGGAUUCAUAAAUUCUCCACUGAAAUUACCUUACAAGCAAUUCUUGGAUUAAAAGUUAGCGCGUUGGCAAAAUAUUUUAAUGAUAGCGUAGAAUUAUCAAAGAGAAAGUGUAUUGAGCAACCAAUAGAUGAAGAAAUUCAAAAUUUUGAUCAAAUCAUUGAUACUCGUCUAAAAGCUAUACUAUUUCUUUUUACAGUUCCUGCUUUUUUAAGACAUACAAUUUUUAAAAAAAGGAAUGAUGCGAUGCAUGAGAAUAGAAAUAUGACCCAAAGAAUGAUAAUGAAGAUUAUUGAUCAUCGUCGAAAAGAAAUUGAAGAUCACAAGGAAUUAGGUAGUGAUAUGUUGACAUUAUUAAUUACAGCCAAUACUGGGGAAAACUCUAAAUCUUUAACCAAUGAUCAAAUUUAUCAAAUUAUAAUUGGGGCUAUUAUUGGUAGAAUUGAAUCAACCGCAAAUUUAUUAUGUUUUAUCGUAUAUCAAAUGGCUCAUUACCCUAACGUAUUAUCUCGCUUGCGAGAAGAAUUAAAUACCAUAUUUGGUUCAGAAAAAAAUCGUCAAAUUACGAUGGAAGAUCUUUCAAAAUGCAUUAUGCAGAAGCCAUAA